CUCCAGCCCUGAUAAAAACAGCCCUUCCGGACUUUUCAGUUCCUUUUAUGAGUCUAAAGUCUGGACCGAGCAGCACUUAGUGUCUCACUCGUUUACUGACAUACAUUUGACCUGUUUUAGCUCGGAUUUAAACCAGAACUUUGAGCAAGUGACAACAAUGAAGCUGAUUAUACUGAGAGACUAUGAUGAAGCCAGUGAGUGGGCGGCCAAAUACAUCCGGAACAGGAUCAUUCGCUUUAAUCCGAGUCAGGACAAGUUCUUCAUCCUGGGCCUUCCAACAGGCAGCACUCCGCUGGGAUGCUAUAAGAAGCUGAUUGAGUACUAUAAGAAAGGAGAAAUAUCUUUUCAGUAUGUGAAGACCUUUAACAUGGAUGAAUAUGUAGGACUGCCCAGAGACCAUCCCGAAAGUUAUCACUCCUUCAUGUGGAACAACUUCUUUAAGCACAUCGACAUUCGAUCAGAAAACGCACACAUUCUGGAUGGCAAUGCGGCAGACCUGCAGAAAGAAUGCCAAGACUUUGAGGAGAAGAUAAAAGCUGCUGGUGGAAUUGAUCUCUUUGUAGGUGGUAUUGGACCUGAUGGUCACAUUGCUUUCAAUGAGCCUGGCUCUAGUCUCGUGUCUCGAACCAGGGUCAAGACCUUGGCUAUGGACACCAUCCUGGCCAAUGCUCGGUUCUUCGAUGGAGAUCUCUCCAAAGUCCCAACCAUGGCUCUUACUGUAGGAGUUGGCACAGUGAUGGAUGCCCGUGAAGUCAUGAUCCUAAUCACCGGAGCACAUAAGGCAUUUGCACUAUACAAGGCCAUAGAGGAAGGUGUGAACCACAUGUGGACAGUUUCAGCAUUCCAGCAACAUCCUCAGACCGUUUUUGUGUGUGAUGAGGAUGCGACACAAGAGCUGCGGGUCAAAACUGUGAAAUACUUUAAAGGCAUGAUGCAUGUUCACAAUAAGCUGGUGGAGGAACCAUAGUUUCUGCUGAAAAGAGAAUGAGACUUUGAUUUGUACUUUAUAUUUAAAGUAUUACAUUUUUAACAUUUUGAAAUGUAUACUGUUAAUACUUACAGUUGCAAUAAUAAAAAGAAAUCAAAAGAAAUAAAAUUCUAAUGGAAA